CGCUCGAGGUCAACCCUUCACCGGCUCACGCCAUUGCUAAGGCUGUCGUUGUGGCUUUCUACCUGGGAUCCGGCGUGGGUCUUGUCAGAUUGGACUGGAUCGCCGUAAUUCGGUCCAUGGUGUCGCCGCCUCGACCACUCAGAUUUUUGAUCAAGAUGAAAUAUGAAAGUUGAUAAAUACUGGAGUUCUGUCCCUACCGAUGGAAAUCUUCUCCACCAGUCUCAUCGCCCUCAUCUCCUUCCAAGCAUUUGACAGUUACAAAGGCGUCGCCACCCGUCUUGGCCAGCACUUGUCACUUGCACUGUUUCUCUUGGCUCUUUUCCCUGCAUAUCAUCUUCCAUCUCCGCCAUGGUCUCUCUCACUCUUCGCCAGUCUCUGGCCAUUGUCUUAGCUCUCGCUUCUGAUACCCUCGCCAAGGACUGGGACAGUCCCGCAUACACAUGGCUCUACGAGUUUCCCCUGCCAAUCCCCCCUCCCAAGGAGGAACGAUACCCCAAUCAGGCGAUCAUCAAUCCAGUGACUGGAAAGAAGAUCAGGUACUAUGAGGUUGAAGUCAAGGAGUUCACCGCCCAAGUCUACCCCAACCUCAAGCCUGCCAAUUUGGUUGGAUAUGAUGGCAUAGCGCCUGGACCAACCUUCCUCAUGGAGCGUGGCGAAGAGGCGGUCGUUCGCUUCAUCAACCACGCCAAGAUGGCCAGCUCUGUGCAUCUUCACGGCUCUCCUUCGCGCACACCUUGGGAUGGUUGGGCUGAAGAUGUCUUCAACCCUGGUCAGUACAAAGACUACUACUAUCCCAACAACCAGAACGCCCGUACUCUCUGGUACCACGAUCAUGCCAUUGACCACACUGCCGAGAAUGCCUACUUUGGCCAGGCUGGCGCAUACAUCCUCCACGACUCUGCUGAAGACUCUCUUGGCCUCCCCAGCGGUUACGGCGUCUACGACAUUCCUCUGAUCCUCUCUGCGAAACAAUACAAUUCCGAUGGUACUCUGUACUCGCCUGCCAACGAACAGACCAGCUUGUACGGGGAUGUUAUCCACGUUAACGGACAGCCUUGGCCGUAUCUGAAGGUUGAGCCCCGCAAGUACCGUUUCCGUCUGCUCGACGCCGCCAUUUCCCGUACAUUCUUCCUCUACCUCGAAGAUCUUAAGGCCAACAGAGUCGAAUUCGAGGUCAUCUCUUCCGAUGCCGGCCUCUUAACGGGACCCCAGAAAGUCAAGGAUCUCUACAUCUCCAUGGCCGAGCGCUACGAGAUUGUCAUCGACUUCUCCAAGUACAAGGGCGAGAAUGUCACCAUGCGCAACACCAGAGGCUUCGCCGCUGAUGUUGACUAUCUGCACACCGACAAGGUCAUGCGCUUUGUAGUCAGCGAUGGAUCAGUCAAUGACAAGUCCGAAGUCCCCUCCGCCCUCCGCGCCGUGCCGUUCCCCAAGGACAAGACCGGCGUUGACCAGCACUUCCUGUUCCACCGCACGGGCAGCGACUGGCGUAUCAACGGUGUCAUCUUUGCCGAUGUAAACAACCGCGUCCUUGCCAAGCCUAAGCGGGGUACUAUUGAGGUCUGGGAGCUCGAGAACAGCUCCGGCGGCUGGAGCCACCCCAUCCACAUCCACCUCGUCGACUUCCGCGUCAUCAAGCGCGUCAACGGCCGUAGCAACACGGUCUUCCCAUACGAGUCCCAGGGUCUCAAGGAUGUCGUCUGGGUUGGACCCGGUGAGACGGUGACCGUCGAGGCUCACUACGCCCCCUGGCCCGGUGUCUACAUGUUCCACUGCCACAACCUCAUCCACGAGGACCACGAGAUGAUGGCUGCCUUCAACGUCACCAAGCUCGAGGACCUUGGCUACGACGAGGAAGCCUUUGCCGACCCCAUGCAGUUGGAGUGGCGCUCUAAGAAUGAGAGCUCCGCUGCAUCUAGCUGGGACGCGAUCAAGUCCCGCGUCGAGUACAUGGCCAAGCUCCAACCCUACAACAACGAGCAAGAGGUCGAGAGUCGUCUGGAUGCUUACUGGGCCACCAAGACUAACGCGCCAUCCCCGAGCUCGACGCCCUCGACUCUGGUCGUCAGCACCACCACGAGCCCCGUGGUCACCUCCCCCGCAGCCACUUCUGCCAGCUCGACCAUCACCUCCAAGGCCACCACCACCAGCAAGUCUGAUGACGACGACAAGAAGAAGAAGACUUCGUCGACUAGCACCAGCACCACUUCUUCCAAGAAGAAGCGUGGCAUGCGCUUCCGCGGUGUGGAUAUGGAGAUGCCCAAGCGCACUGCCGCGCCCCAGGCAUGAGAAUGAUUAAUCAUCACACAAGAGACGAAUUUUGAGAGUUUUGUAUGACCAUCUCUCCGGUUUACGACUUAAUGACACAACCCACGCUCCUUAUAGACCAUUAGAUAUCCUGUCCUUGAGCACAUCUAGACAUAUUUUUCAUACUACAUAGUACGGGCGGCGAGAAAACGGG